UAUCUAUCGAUCGAUCGAUCGAUCGAUCGAUCGAUCGAUCGAAGCUUUAACAUAUCUUUCUUAGUUAAAAUGUCUUUUUUAAUAUGGAGUAUGUUGGAUUAGGUUAAGUGCCCCGAAGUACCCAUGAAACAGUUGUUACAAUAAAGAUAACUUGCGACAAGAAGUGUAUUAAUACAAACCCAAUUAUAGAAUUCUAAUGAUCAUUAACUGACUAAUCGAGUCAGCAGUAGAAAAUCCAAUUGCAUGGUAUAAUCAAAUUCUGAGUUUGAUAUGAAAGCUGUUUGUUAAACCGAAAGUUUACAAUGCAGAAAUGUGUGGAUGUCAAAAUACUCCAAGCUAACAAAAGACACAACACAUUGUCCUUGCUUUCUACCUAACCACUUUGUACCUCAGCCUGUGAUGUUGUUUUAUGGUGCACCUUGCGCUAAGUUGUGAUUUUUAGUAGACAAACACAGGUGAUGCUUUCGUUUAUAAGCCCUUUAUAAGCCCUACUAGCAGUGUCAGGCACAGAUGCGUCAGCCAUGGCCCUGAUACACCUCAGGAUGUUCAUCAUUUUCUUGUAUUUUGUGUUUCCUAUACUUUAUGGUGGUGUUUUGCGAGUGCAGAACAGAGAUUGGAUGGGAAAUCUACCUGCUAAAUUCAUCGAGGGAGACGUGGAGUGCUUUUCUGAAUACAUGGAACUGUGGAUCCACAGAAUGAGAACUGAAGGGUUGAGACUUUGGCUUUCAGCAAUGCUGAGGAUUCAAGUCAAUCUUGGGUCACUGGAGAUCUUAAAUCAUCAGCUGUCAGCAUGUGGCUUUGGUCUGCAUAAAGAUGCUGACAGGAACUACAUCUUCAGAGUUAUGUACAGCGGAUGCUUUGUGCAACAAGAGCAUGGCCAUUACGUGAUGGUAUUGAACUUGAUAAAGAGAAUAAGCCGCUUUGGAGGCAGGACCCAUAAUUAUGUAAUGAAAUGUCCUGUAGUUCCAGCGCCACCCAACACCGAACAUAUUCACUGUGACCCUGAUUUCAUCCAGGUUGCCAGAGAGAUCCCAGUGGACAGUUGGAACAAUGAGCUCAGAUGGUCUCUUGCCUUGAGAGGGAGUGUGGUAGUGGCGCUGGAAGAUGCCAGUCUCAUUCAAGUAAAUGUCGACGUUCAGAAACCGCUCAUUACUGUUCAAGGCAGGAGGAAUACAGUUCUCAGUCCUGUGGAGGUUCUACAGACUGAGGGCCAGUUCUUACCUCUUAAGCUGGUCAGUGGACAAUAUGCUUAUAGUAUGGAAGCCACUUGUCCAAAUGUGAUUCAGCACUCAUCUGAGGACACAGUGCUGCACAUUUACAAACGGCGCAUGGGACUGACUAAGAGAGGAGGCUAUGACAACGAGACCCUGUCAAUCAGCAGUGUAUCAAUAAACCAGACUGACACGUUUACCUGGUCUGAGACCACCAGCUUUGUGAAGCUCAUUGUUCCCACUGCACUUAUUCAAAAGACAAAGAAAUGUGCUGACAAGGACUCUGAGGAUCUCCUGCAGUCAUUCUUCAGAGUAGAUGUUGUGCUCACUUUUAAAGAGACAAAUUACAGGAUGCUCUGGACGAUGGAAAACACGUCACCAUGCUCAAAUUAUCACAUUCCUUCAGUGACGAUUCAUCCAUCAGUAACACCUAAAUCUACUGCUGCAUUUACCACAUUAAACUCCACAAUCCUCAAUUCAGUCACGGAAGAGCCACUGAUUUCUUCCAGCAUGGAGCCACAGACAACAUCCUGGUCCACUGAAAAAGGGUUUAGCAAGACUAGCAUGGAUUUUCAACCUACUAGUGUACAUGGAGUGGUUUCAGGAUUUCCAGACAGUGCUACACAUGAUGCGGACAGAACUACCUCAUUCAAGGGAGAUACUAGUACUGACAUUCCUGGGAAUCUUGUUUUAACAACAUCUCUUAGCAAGGGAUCAGGUACAACACGGGUUAGUUUAUCCAAUUCUUCAUUUAAUCCCCACCCUGAACAAUUUACAGACUCGCCUAAUGCUAGAAAAACGACAACAGUUAUGCCAUACAAACCACCUCUGUCAACCACAAGACCAGUCACAAAUAGUGAGAUUAGCGAAGCUGUACUUUUUGAUACGUCUCACUCUGAGGCUGAAACCAAGUGGAGCCCUGUGACGUUGUCACUUUAUUUAGAAAGCGCUAGUACAAAUUUAAUUCCAGAUACAGUCUCAGACAUCACUUUAAACUCUCCAUCCCUGACACCGUUCCAACGACAUCAGCAAAACACUUAAACAUCCCUGUCUCCCUUACAACCUGAUACUACAGUGCAUCCAGCAGUCCUGAAUAAGACCACCGUUACUCACACAGGACAUAAUGGCACAUCUGUGCAGCCAGAGAAUGUCACAUUAGCAAGUACAUAGGUCCUAAAAACAUGGUAAAGAAGAUAAAAUCACUACACUUGCACCAUUGAACUGGAUGACCCUCCAAAAAUAAGAUUCCUUCCUUCAUUCAUCACAGCAGCUAAUUUACCUACCAACCUACCUUCCUCUGGAAAAAAACAUGCAAAACAUUGUAUUGGUCCCCGGAGCUGUGAGGCACCAACAGACCUGUGCCACUGUGUCACCCUAAAUGAAAAUCAGCCAAAGACAAAGCAAAACCACAACUCUGAUACCUGUCACCACGGAACAAUCAUAAGAUAUAAUACAUCUGCCUCUGGGUAAACGAGUGCAGUGUCUGAAUGUUGUCUUUCACAGAAAACAGGAUCCUGCAGUGUCAUUGUUUCUGCUGCCCCAAGGCAUGAUAUAACAACCAUAUAGCCUUUUGGCUUUCAAUAACUGCCACUUAGAUGUAAGAUCUACAUAGUAUGGACUGUUGUUGUAUCUACUAAAAAAAAGGAAGUGUUGGAAACAUAAAAGUCUCUAAUGAGUAGGAAUAAUGCACAUAUUCAAAGUUAUACACCACAAUCUAAUAUGCAGUCAACUUUCAGUUGAUCUGUUUCUUUGUAUUGUUUUAUGCUAUGA